UGAGGGGACAUAGCUUUCGAAAACCUUUCAAAAAGUUCACAAAACUACGCGUCCUUUCCAUUUCUGUAAUCUGUAACGUACCAUUCUCCACACAAACCCUAAUUCUCUCCUCUGAUUUCAGUUCCCCUCCGAUUCCGAUCAUGGAUCUUUCUCACAAUCCUGAUUCUCCGCCGAGUUUCUCCACCGCCGAUUCCUCUACUGUUUGGACCAACGCACUCCCCUCCGCCGAUUCUUUUUACUUCUUUCCCGCCGAUAGAGAUUCCGCCGUCCUCACAGAAUUCGGCUGGAAUUUCCUCUCCCACGAUGCUCAACCUACUCGAUUCCUCGACGACAAGCCUGAUUUGCCUGGAACCUCCGCGCUGGCCGUCGAUGAAACCGGCGGAUUACAGAGUCCUGAUGCUCCUGUUCCAGUCGCGUCGAAUCCUUCAAUGUCUUCCAGCUCUAGCGGAGAACCGCCGGAGAAACUGCCUGAGAUUCCGCAGAAGGUCAAAAAGAAGGGGCAAAAGCGAAUACGGCAGCCACGAUUUGCAUUCAUGACUAAAAGCGAAGUUGAUCAUCUUGAAGACGGCUACCGCUGGAGGAAAUAUGGCCAAAAGGCUGUCAAGUACAGUCCAUUUCCUAGGAGUUACUAUAGGUGCACGAACAGCAAAUGCACAGUGAAGAAAAGGGUAGAACGGUCAUCUGAAGAUCCAAGCGUUGUGAUAACAACAUAUGAAGGGCAACACUGUCAUCACACCAUUGGAUUCCCUCGAGGUGGAUUUAACAUGGCGCACAAAGCUGCUUUUGGGUCUCAAUUUUCAUCUCAAGGCGCACAGAUUUAUUACCCUGAAACUCAGCCGCCGCCCAGAAACAAUAAUAAUAAUGACACUCCCACUGCCCGUGACCACCACUCACAGCACUUGUCCACUGCAGCAGCAUCAUCAUCAUCCAAUGCGUUGUCGUUGGAGCAACAAGAACCAACAAACUCACAGCCUCAAGUUGCUUCCGACGAGGGCUUGCUAGGCGAUAUUGUGCCGCCCGGCAUGAUGCGUAGAACAUGACCCACUACUACUCAUCAACACACCAAUUGUGGUAUGAACUCCUUCACUUAUCUCUAUACAUAAAAUUAUUUUUUUGAUUGGCACGAUAUGGUUGAUAAUUUUACACCGUUGGAUAUAGAAUUAAAAUAGAGAAACAAAAAUAAUCAUAGUUUCAUCACAUAUCUACCGGUUUAAAAGAACAACCAGAGUGUGACCAUCACAUUGAAUAAUAUUUCAUGUAUAGGGGAAGAUGGGGUCUUUUUGUACGUAAUUGGCCCAAAAAGCCAAAUGGGGGAUGGUUAUAUACAUGUAUGGUCGUUUCUAUGCAUGCUUGAAUUUGUACAUACCAGAACGGGUGUCGGUUAUGUCUCCUAUAUUUUCAUUCAACUCAUUGGGGGAGCCUACCAUGUAUGGAUGGAUUGUAAGUGAAUUAAACGUGUUUAAUUGCCAUUGUUUAUGAUGAAAGUUGGGUUGUUGGUUAAAGGGUUUGUUUCAUGAAUUUUGGUUAGGUGGGGUUCAAAAUUUUUGUAAAUUAUUAUUAUAACACAUU